CCCAUAACUGUACGAACAUAUACGAAAUUUUGAAAUGGCUACACAAAAAGAGCGGAAUAACAUAAGGAUAAGGAAACUGGUGGCUGACUUCCGCGCCGCGUACGACCCGCGCGUCAAGCAACUGGAGGCUGACAUCCUCGAAUGGCAGCGCUCGCAUGGAAUCGUCGUGGAAAGGACCGAGGAAAGGGCCGAGGAAGGAGCCGAGGAAAGGGCCGAGGAAAGGGCCGAGAAAAGGGCCAAGGAAAGGGCCAAGGAGAGGGCCACGGACAGGGCCAAGGAAAGGGCCAAGGAUAGGGCCGAGGAAAGGGCCAAGGAAAGGCCCGAGGAAAGGGCCAAGAAAAGGGCCGAGGAAAGGGCCGAGGAAGGAGCCGAGGAAAGGGCCGAAGAAUGCGCCAAGGAAAGGGCCGAGGAAAGGUUCGAAAGAAGGGCCGACGAAAGGGCCAAGGAAAGGGCCAAGCAAAGGGCCAAGGAAAGGGCAGAGUCGGCCAAGUCGGAGCACAAGAAAAGGAACGGAAACGGCAGCGGCAAAGACAAGGAAAAGAACCCAGCCGUCUACUGGCAGUACGAUUUGAAGGACUUUGUGCGGGGGGAGAUUUUGCUGUACCGCGAGGGCAAUUCCCUGUAUCUUCAUGCGGUCUACGAGUCCCGUAGACGGCGACGGGAAACGAAGAGUGAAAUUGUGCUGCCCGUGAAUGUGGAACAGUCGAAAAUAUCCGCCAAAUUAUCAUCCUGUGGCGUGCUGACUAUUACCGCCCCUCUCCAGACCGAUAUACCCGAAGAAAUGAUGCGUUAAAUAUACAUUUUGUUCUGUUA